UGUCCGUGCACCGUCAUGUGCUGUAGGUGUGGUUGCUCCUCGCGCCCCCUGCAGGUGAUGUCCGGCAGCGCCUCCUCCUCCUCGCGCCCUCCCUCCUCCGUGCAGUCACGUGACAGCAGCGUUAGAAGCUGCAAACGGCGCGAGCCUCCUCCUCCUCCUCCUCCUCCUCCUCCUCAUCAUCAUCAUCAUCAUCACCGCCACCUUCACCACCACAACCACCGCAGCGGCAGCGGACAGAGAGCCGACCCGAGGAGCCCAGCGGCGGUCUGCAGCGAUUCGAGGAGCCGGGCGUCAUGGCGGAGCUCCGUUAGGACGACGCAGAUUUAUUUUUCACCUCCUUUGUUCUCCCUCGACGCCGUUUUUUCACGCGCCUCCGCCGAGGAGGGGCCGCCGAGGAGAAGCAGGAGGAGGCGGCGGCAGCAGCCAGCACUAGCGGCGGCGGCGGAGGAGGAGGCGGCGGCGGAGGAGGCGGAGGAGUCGACCCAGCAGGGAGGUGUUUUCUCCGGUACGAGCCGAAUGGCGGACCGUGAGGCGUCGCCGAUACCGUUGGAGAUCCGAGCCCGGCUGGCGGAGCUGGAGCUGGAGCUGUCAGAGGGGGACAUCACUCAGAAGGGUUAUGAGAAGAAGAGGCACAAGCUGAUCAGGGCAUAUGUUCCACAUGCUGGAGGUAUGGAAGGGCCCAUGUCUCACCGGGCCCCGCUCGGGCCUCCCUCUGCGGCCCGUUUCCACCGGCGGCGAACCUCCGGCACCAGAGACGAACGCUACCGCUCAGACGUCCACACCGAGGCGGUGCAGGCCGUGUUGGCGCGUCACGUGGAGAGGAAGGUGGCCGUGCCGAUGCCGUCCAAGAGACGUUCCCUGGUUGUGCAGACCUCCAUGGAUGCAUACACGCCUCCAGGCCUGUCCCCCCUGUGCUCAGACUCGUCGUCGGGCUCAGAGGAGGAGGCGGGGCCGGGCGACGACAUGUCGGGCAUGGAGCACUGGAUGAGCCGCCCGUCCCAGUUAGGCCCCGUCCACCUGGGCUCCACCUCCUCCUCGUCCUCGUCCACGCAGAGCGGAGGCAGCGGCAACGCCGGGCGGCUGGCCGACUCGCUGGCGCACACGCACAUCUCGCACCUGGCGCACACGCACCUGGCGCACACGCACAUGGGCCAGUCGCACCACCAGCAGAGCCACCUGUCGCAGUCGCACCACGGUAUCGGCCACCUGUCCCUGAAGAGGAAGGGAGCCCUGACUGUUGCAGAGAACGGAGGAUCUCUGCGGCGAUCCUGCGAGUUUGGAUCGGACAUGCUGUGGCCACCGCCGCUGGAGUCAGACGAGAAUCACUCGGCCCCCCCGGACGUGACGGGCUACUCGUCAGACUCGUCCCACUCCCACACCGAGCGUCACCACAUGGCCAACAUGGGAACCAUCGCCAGGAACACGCAGAAGUACGGCAACGCCGAGCGCAUGGAGACGGGCGACGGUGUUCCAGUCAGCAGUCGCGUGUCAGCUAAAAUCCAGCAGCUCGUGAACACGCUGAAGCAGCCGCGCAGACCUCCACUACGAGAGUUCUUUGUCGAUGACUUUGACGAGCUUCUGGAGGUCCAGCAGCCGGAUCCCAAUCAGCCGCGGCCGGAGGGGGCGGAGAUGAUGCCAGUGCGGGGCGAGGCGCUCGGGGUGGUCACCAACUGGCCACCGUCCCUGGAGGCUGCGCUCCAACGCUGGGGGACCAUCUCCCCCAAAGCGCCCUGCCUCACCAGCCUGGACACGGCGGGGAAGCCCCUCUACGUCCUCACAUAUGGAAAGCUGUGGUCUCGCAGCAUCAAGCUUGCCUACAACAUCCUCCACAAACUGGGCAGCAAGCAGGAGCCCAUGGUGCGGCCGGGCGAUCGGGUGGCGUUGGUGUUUCCUAACAACGACCCCGUGGCCUUCAUGGUGGCCUUCUACGGCUGCCUGCUGGCCGAGGUGGUCCCUGUUCCCAUAGAGGUCCCCCUGAGCCGCAAGGAUGCCGGCAGUCAGCAGAUCGGAUUCCUGUUGGGCAGUUGCGGCGUUACCGUGGCGCUGACCAGUGACGCUUGCCACAAGGGCCUGCCCAAGAGUGCAACAGGAGAGAUCCCACAGUUCAAAGGUUGGCCCAAGUUGUUGUGGUUUGUCACGGAGUCGAAGCAUCUUUCCAAACCUCCUCGAGACUGGUUCCCUCACAUCAAGGAUGCAAACAACGACACUGCUUACAUAGAGUAUAAAACCUGUAAGGACGGCAGCGUGCUGGGAGUCACGGUGACGAGGAUCGCUCUGCUCACACACUGCCAGGCUCUGACCCAGUCCUGCAGCUACACCGAGGCGGAGACCAUCGUGAACGUCCUGGACUUUAAGAAGGACGUGGGCCUGUGGCACGGCAUCCUGACGAGUGUGAUGAACAUGAUGCACGUGAUCAGCGUCCCGUACUCGCUGAUGAAGGUCAACCCUCUGUCGUGGAUCCAGAAAGUCUGCCAGUACAAAGCCAAGGUAGCGUGUGUGAAGUCCAGAGACAUGCACUGGGCUCUGGUGGCCCACAAAGACCAGAAGGACAUCAACCUGAGCUCGCUGCGCAUGCUGCUGGUGGCCGACGGAUCAAACCCCUGGUCCAUCUCCUCCUGCGACGCCUUCCUCAACGUCUUUCAGACUAAAGGGCUGAGAGCCGACGUCAUCUGUCCCUGCGCCAGCUCCCCCGAGGCCCUGACAGUGGCCAUCAGGAGGCCAGUGGAGGACAGCAGCCAGCCUCCGGGUCGAGGCGUCCUGUCCAUGCAGGGUCUGACCUACGGUGUCGUUCGGGUCGACACAGAGGAACGGCUCUCUGUGCUCACCGUGCAGGACGUCGGUACCGUCACACCAGGAGGUUUGGCGUGUGUGGUGAAACCAGAAGGCGUCCCUCAGCUCUGUCAGACGGACGAGAUCGGUGAACUCUGCGUCUGCUCCAUCGCCACUGGAACCUCCUACUACGGCCUCACCGGCAUGACCAAGAACACCUUCGAGGUCUACCCAGUGAGCUCCAGCGGCGGGCUGAUCAGCGAGUACGCCUUCGUGCGGACCGGCCUGCUGGGCUUCAUCGGCCCCGGCGGCCUCGUCUUCAUCACCGGCAAGAUGGACGGGCUCAUCAUGGUGAGCGGGCGGCGGCACAACGCCGACGACAUCGUCGCCACGGCGCUGGCGGUGGAGCCAAUGAAAUUCGUGUACAGGGGAAGGAUAGCGGUGUUCUCUGUGACGGUGCUGAGGGACGAGAGGAUCGUGGUGGUGGCCGAGCAGAGGCCCGACUCCACCGAGGAGGACAGCUUCCAGUGGAUGAGCCGCGUGCUGCAGGCCAUCGACAGCAUCCACGGCGUGGGCGUGUUCUGCCUGGCUCUGGUCCCGGCCAACACUCUGCCCAAGACUCCUCUGGGCGGCAUCCACCUGUCGGAGAUCAAGCAGCUGUACCUGGAGGGCGGGCUGCACCCCUGCAACGUCCUCAUGUGCCCCCACACUUGCGUCACCAACCUGCCCAAACCACGGCAGAAACAACCAGAGAUCGGACCUGCCUCUGUGAUGGUGGGGAAUCUGGUGUCAGGGAAGAGGAUCGCUCAGGCCAGCGGCCGAGAUUUAGGACAGACUGACGACAACGACCAGUUCCUGUUCCUGUCGGAGGUUUUGCAGUGGCGAGCUCAGACCACACCGGACCACGUCCUCUACACCCUGCUCAGCUCCCGGGGGGCGGUGUCCAGCUCCCUCACCUGCCUGCAGCUCCAUAAGAGGGCGGAGCGAGUGGCGGCUCUGCUGAUGGAGAGAGGAGGUCUGCAGGAAGGAGACCACGUCGCUCUGGUCUACCCGCCAGGCAUCGACCUGAUCGCUGCCUUCUACGGCAGCCUGUACGCCGGCUGUGUCCCGAUCACGGUGCGGCCGCCCCACCCUCAGAACAUCUCCACCACCCUGCCCACCGUCAAGAUGAUCGUGGAGGUCAGUCACUCGGCCUGCGUGAUGACCACGGCGGUCAUCUGCAAGCUGCUGCGCUCCAAGGAGGCCACGGCCACAGUGGACAUCAGGAACUGGCCGCCCGUCCUCGACACCGAUGACCUGCCAAAGAAGAAGCCUCCAGCUCUCUAUAAGCCCACCAACCCUGACGGUCUGGCCUAUCUGGACUUCAGUGUGUCAACGACCGGCAUGCUGGCCGGAGUUCAGAUGUCCCACAAUGCAGUCGGGGCCUUCUGCCGGUCGGUGAAGCUGCAGUGUGAGCUGUACCCGUCCAGAGAAGUGGCCAUCUGUCUGGAUCCGUACUGCGGGCUCGGCUUUGUCCUGUGGUGUCUCUGCAGUGUGUAUUCGGGCCACCAGUCCAUCCUGAUCCCGCCGGUGGAGCUGGAGUCCAACCCGGCGCUGUGGCUGCUGGCCGUCAGCCAGCUGAGGGUGCGAGACACCUUCUGCUCCUACAGCGUCAUGGAGCUCUGCACCAAAGGACUCGGGCUGCAGACGGAGGCGCUCAAGGCUCGAGGUCUGGAUCUGUCCCGGGUUCGGGCCUGCGUCGUGGUGGCGGAGGAGAGGCCCAGGAUGUCGCUCACACACUCCUUCUCGAAACUCUUCAAAGACCUCGGACUCCACCCGCGAUCCGUCAGCACCGCCUUCGGCUGCAGGGUCAACCUGGCCAUCUGCCUGCAGGGCACUUCAGGACCGGACCCCACAACCGUCUACGUGGACAUGAGAGCGCUGCGACACGACAGGGUUCGGUUGGUGGAGAGAGGUUCUCCUCACAGUCUGCCGUUGAUGGAGUCCGGAAAGAUUCUACCCGGAGUUCGUAUCAUCAUCGCGAACCCGGAGACCAAAGGACCGCUCGGAGACUCGCACCUCGGAGAGAUUUGGGUGCACAGCGCUCAUAACGGCAGCGGUUACUACAGCGGUUACGGCGAGGAGGUUCUCCAGUCCGACCACUUCAACUCCAGGCUCAGCUUCGGAGACACUCAGACGGUCUGGGCCAGGACGGGCUACCUGGGCUUCCUCCGUCGCACCGAGCUCACCGACGCCAACGGAGAGAGACACGACGCUCUGUUCGUGGUGGGAGCUCUGGAAGAGGCCAUGGAGCUGAGGGGGAUGAGGUAUCAUCCCAUCGACAUCGAGACCUCCGUCAUCCGUGCCCACAAGAGCAUCAUGGAGUGCGCCGUCUUCCCCUGGACCAACCUGCUGGUGGUGGUGGUGGAGCUGGAGGGCUCCGAACAGGAGGCCCUCGACCUGGUUCCCAUGGUGACCAAGGCGGUGCUGGAGGAGCACUACCUGAUCGUGGGCGUCGUCGUGGUGACGGACAUCGGCGUCAUCCCCAUCAACUCGCGCGGCGAGAAACAGCGCAUGCACCUCCGCGACGGCUUCUUACAAGACCAGCUAGACCCCAUCUACGUGGCCUACAACAUGUAGCCUGAGUGUGUGUGUGUGUGUGUGUGUGUGUGUGUGUGUGUGUGUGAGAGAGAGAGCUAGCAUGCGUUUGUAUGCCGUGCAUAUCGCCGUUGUUGUUCAUUUAUUUCCCAAAAAUCAGGAUGUACUGUAUUUUUGAACCUGCAUAUAGUGUGUGGUCUUAAAUCGUCCGUUUUCUUUAAGUCGUGUUGUGCCGGUUGGUCGAUUGGCUGAUUGAUUGAUUGAUUGAUUGAUUGCUCAGUGGUGGUAUGAUCAUUUUUACACCCCCGUUCAAUCUCGUGACCGUUACCAGGAGCUCUGUCACUGUAGAAAGCCUUAGGGGAACACUGUGUACGGGGCGGCCGCUCCAGUGUCGUCUUUCAGAGAGUUCGAGGAGGUCGAAGUCGAGGUCGAGAGAGAGAGAGGAAAAUACUGAGACCGUGUCCGUCAUCAUGUUUGGUCCAAUCCAAAAAAAAAAAAAAAAAAUCCAGAUUUGUGGUAUUAUUUGAAUUA